AAACCUUAAAUAAAAGCAACCAGCUCUUCAACAUUCUCCAUCUUCUUCCAUCACUCUCUCUCUCUUUCUCGCUUAUCUUUGCUCUUUGUCGAUAUGUCUCGUCUCCCUCCUCUCUGCCUCCCUCUCAUGGAGAAUACCCCUGCUUCCGAGUUAACCCCGACUCGACUCGGUUUCCCCACCGAGUUCCCUUACGAGUUCGACUCCCCCGCUUUCACCUCUCCCGGUGACUCCACCGACGAGAGCAGCGACGACGAGGAAGACUUCCUCGCCGGCCUCUCUCGCCGACUCGCUCCCUCGACUCAGCGCCUCCCUCCUCCCUCCUCCGAGGUGAAACGUAACGUCGCAGCUACUUCGCCGCAGUCAACGCUGAGCGGACUCGGAAGCUACUCAACCUCGGGAAGUAGAAGCCCUGUUCUUCCUCCACCUUCUCAAACGACGUCGUUUCGUAGAGACGAUGUCUUGGAUGUGAUCUCUGCUGCAGCUGGAGAAGUGGUGAGACUCAAACUCGGAAGCUACGAGCCUCACCACCUUCCCCGCCAAAACGCUGCGUUUCAGACCGACCUCUAUAUCCAGCAGCAGCGUCUGCUUCUUCACCAGAUGUGGCUCUCUUCUCAGUCAAGAAUCAAGAACUCGGAAAACCUUAGCCACAUGAAGCAUAAUGCUUUAGUAGCCAACGCCGCGUUGAUGCGUCAGCACGCCGGAACUCCCCUGAAACGUCCGUCUACCGGCACCGGAGUUUUCCUUCCCCGGCGAUACCCAGCAACAACCCCUUCCGAGCCCAUCAAGAAGCCAGUACCAGUAGUCAACACAGCGGCUAUGUUGCAGUCAAAAGUCAACUUUGAUGAGUUCAUAAAUGUUAAGUCAAGACAGAGUCAGUUCGAUUACGAGUGCAUGUUAGCAAGAAGUAGACUACUUGCUCGUCAGGGAAACUACAGAGCAGCUGGUUGUCUGAAUCAAGAGAGACGUCUUCCUCAGGACUGGAUGUACUGAAACUGUUUGUUUUGUCUCUGAAGGAGCGUUAGUUAGAAGUGGUUUGGUUUUAGGUUAUAAACUGUGAUUGUUAUGAUAUGGUUAUUACUAGUAAUAAGGAUUUGGAAAUCCAAAUAAAAGUAGGGGAUAUUUUACAAGUGUGUUACAUUAGUAUAAUAUUAUUGUUAGUCACUUAGACAGCAGCUCUCUGUAAUUUUUAUUUUUUGAACCUUGGGAGGGUUCAAGGGAGUUGAGUGGAGUGUGGUACUAUUUUUUUUUUUCACUUUAGUCGACAUGUUAAGUUUCAAAAUGUGUUGGGUGGGGGAUUUUUGUUGUUUGUUGUCUUAAUUUCCUAGUUUUUCUAAUGGGGUUUGUAAUAAAAACAUCGGAAUUAUUUUGUUUAUUUUUAUAAUUAUGAA